AACUGUCGCUAAACGCUUUGACUAUAUCAAUGUAAACAAUAUCGAGCGUUCGCAGUGGGUCUUGCACAGCGUCAACGGGCGGUCAGAGUUAGAUCGUCCGCAUCAUAGUCAGAGAGAUGAGAGAGCACGGUUUGGUACUCACUGAGAAGCAGCUCGGCAGACGGCGUGCGGUUCCGGUAAUCCACGUGCAGGGGUCUCACUACGAAGUGGGGUAUGACGUGGGCCGCAUCUUCUCUUCGGUCAUCAAGAAUUUCAUCGCGACGUAUGCUAACCUACGGGACUUUGAGAAGGAAUACAAGACCGACCCCGGGAGACAAGCCUAUGACGUCACUCUGUCGAAUAUGAAGAAGAGGUAUCCGUACUACGUGAAGGAAAUGCAAGGAGUCGCGGACGGCGCUAAUGUGUCGUUUACACAGCUGUUCCUUCUGCAAAUGGACGACCUCAUUGGAACCAUCAACGACAAUCACGUGCCAAGGGACGACACUGGCGGAUGUAGUUCCAUCGGCAUAGUAACUCCUGACAACAGCAUUCUAGGCCAUACAGAAGACGCUUACAGUGAGACGCUCAAUCACUUCUACAUUAUGUCCGCGCACAUCAUACCGUCACGUGAAGACAAAGAGAAUGGAGCUGUCGAAGAAAGGUUCUCGUCUCUGUGCUACGCCGGCCACUUGCCUGGCUACACGAUGGGAUUCAACGGGAACGGACUGGUUUUCUCCAUCAACACCCUCAGUCCACUCGUGUUGAAACCUGGCAACACCCCCCGAACAUUCGUCACGCGAGCGCUGUUAGCAGCCAAGAACUUCUAUGAUGCUGAAAGGAUCCUUCGGGACGAGGGUCUGGGCAUCGGCAACGGAUUCUCAGUGAACAUGCUGUGGACCGAAUCCUGGGGGGGUCGGCAUCUGUACAACGUGGAGGUGGCCCCUGAUCUCAAGGCAGACCGGUCGAUUGUGAACAUCUACAAGUACGACAAAGAGCCGUUGGUGCACUGCAAUAGGUAAAACACUUUAAAGUACCGA